AUGUCUGCCAACGGCUGGGGUACCCCAGACGUGGCUCCUGGCGGGCCUGAUCCCAUUGAUGGCAAGGCUGCCAAUGUUUUUGACACCUCUGAUAUGAAGACUGCGCUUCCUGCAACCCAGGGCGGCUACGGAACUGCCGACGAGAAAGCUGCCCUUGCUGGUACUAAUGGUGAUGGUGGAACUGCUACUGAUGCCAAGGACGGCACCGGCUGGGUCGAUGCUCAACCCUACAACUACGACACGAAUCGCCCGGACAACUGGGACGGGAAUGCCAGAGUCUACGAGUACGAUGGUGAGAUUGGCGAGGUCGGUCCUGAGCACCCGGAGCUUGAGAUUAUCCUCUUUGGAGAGCUCAAAGACCGCGUUGCCCAUGGUAUCAACUUCGGAAAGAUUGCCGAAAUUGAGGUCAGCCAGGAGGGGCCUGUGUGUGUCGCCCCCAUCAUGAGCUUUGAAGGCGCGGGCCUACAUCCUGUCAUGCUGCGCAAUGUCCAGAUGUGUGGCUACGAAGUUCCCACUCCAAUCCAAAAAUACUGCAUCCCUGCCAUUGGCAAAGGGCACGACGUGAUUGCAGUCGCCCAGACUGGCUCCGGCAAGACCGCCGCAUACAUGAUCCCCAUCCUCAACAAACUCAUGGGGAAGACCAAGAAGCUUGCCGCUUAUCGCCCCUGCCCGGAUGGAUUGAAUGUCGACCUCAGCCGGCCUGUCCGUGCUGAGCCACUUGUGGUCAUUGUCUGUCCGAGUCGCGAGCUUGCUGUGCAAAUCUUCAAUGAAGCUCGCAAGUUCUGCUACCGAACCAUGCUCCGACCUUGUGUGGUUUAUGGCGGCGGCCCUGUCCAGGACCAGGCCGCCCAACUUGCCAAGGGGUGCGAUGUCUUGGUCGCUACCCCGGGCCGCCUCAUCGACUUCAUUGAGCGUCCUCAUGUGCUGACACUUCGCCGUCUUCGAUACAUGGUCAUUGACGAGGCUGAUGAGAUGCUCCAUUCCGAUUGGGAAGAAGAAUUCAACAAGAUUCUCACUGGUGGCGAACAAGAGGAGGGCAACAUCAAGUACAUGCUCUUCUCUGCGACGUUCCCCAAGAGCGCCCGAGACCUGGCUCGCACCCAUCUUGCCGAGAAUCAUGUCCGCCUCCGCGUCGGUCGUGCUGGCAGCUCUCAUGAGAAUAUCAAACAAGAGGUCAUCUAUGUCGAGCCUCCCAUGAAGCGCCAGGCUCUCUACGACCUGAUUCUUUCCUUGGAUCCUUGCCGGGUGAUCAUUUUCGUCAACCACAAGAGGACUGCCGACGAGUUGGAUGAUUUCCUCUUCAACAAGGACCUGCCGUGCACCUCGAUGCAUUCCGACCGCACGCAGAAAGAGCGAGAGGCCGCCAUGCGUGCUUUCCGCAGCGGAAAUUCCCCCAUUUUGAUCGCCACGGGCGUGAGCGCUCGCGGUAUUGAUGUGCGCAACGUCAGGCAUGUCGUCAACUAUGAUCUCCCCUCGAUUGAUCAUGGGGGCAUUGAGGAGUAUACUCAUCGCAUUGGCCGAACUGGCCGCAUCGGCCAUCGUGGUGUUGCAACCUCGUUCUACUGUGACAGCGAUGAGCCCAUUGCCUCUGUUCUCACUCGCACCCUGAUGGAGACGAAGCAGGAGAUCCCGGACUUUCUGAAGGCCUACGUCCCGGAGGGUGUUUCCCUCGAGGACCUCAAGUUCGAGGCUGACUCUGACUUUGAUGACGGGGAAGGUGACGGUGCCGGUGGCGAGUGGGGCGACCAAGGAGUCGCUGCCUGGGGUGGUGCUACAGGCGACGAGAACGGCGAUGCCAACGGCAGUGUCAACGGGAACGUUAACGGCAGCGUCAACGGGAACGCCAAUGGACACAUGAACGGCAACGGUACCAAGGAGGACGGGGGUGCUUGGGGUGCUCAGCCCUCGACCGACAACGCCUGGGGCAAGUCCACCGAGCCUCAGCCCUCGACCGACGGCGCCUGGUAG